CUUCCAGAUCUUUCGCAAACAGCUAUGAACGAGCAUGUGUCCAUUUUCCGACAUGCCGUCGGCAUUAACUCGCAGCCCCCGUCCUACUCGGGCAGCAAGCUAGAGGAAGGUCAGAGACUAGCCACAGGCAUAUAUAAAGAAGUUCUACGAGAAAAGAAUACACGACGCAGGCAGUAUUGGGCAGUCAACCUGCUUGUCUACUGCUGCCACUUCGCCCAGAUCAUUAUCAGCGCCUCGGUAACCGCACUGGGGCCGUCGUCGAAGAAUUACUCUACAGUGCUUACGGUGCUGGGGGCCGUCAACACUGUUAUCGCGGGCACUUUGGCGCUGUUGAAUGGACGAGGUCUGCCAGACAGGCUGCAUAGGGAUGAGAUCGAGUUCCGAAAGAUACAGGACUGGGUCGAAGAAACAGAAUCCCUGAUAGCAGCUGGUAUUAUCGGUUCCGAUCGGGAGCAGGUUGGCCAUCUCAUCGAGGCAACGUUCAGGAAGUACAACGCAGCGAAGGCGACUUCAGAAAACAAUAAGCCCAGCUCGUACAUCAAGCAGCAGGCAGAAAGGGGAAGGAGUACUGCUGGAGCAGACGACGACUUCCUCGAAGAUUCCACCAAUUCUGAUGGAAAUACGCUCGUCAAGCUCAACGUGCCAGGGGUACAUUGAAUAAUCACCGACAUGACUGUUAUAAGAGGAUUCCAGCUGGUAUUAUGUCUCGUUAUUAAUUCGCAGCAUUACUAAAUGUUUUCAAUGAAUUAGUCUUUGUUGAAGUAGAUCCUAUAAGCAAGAUCUAUUGUUGAGUUUCUGUGAUGCUUACUUCAUUUUCUUGUGCUUAUUUUACAGUACUUACCCUGGCCGACGGCUGCGGAGGAAUUCCGCCAACAAUCUUGCCG